CACCAUGUUCAGUUUUGUGCUCGCGUGCGGAGCGGUAACUUUUGGAAUAUAUGUAACAUUAUGCUUUACUGUGCUGAAAAUGCCGAAAUGCAAGAGUACUAAAAACCUCCGCGGGAAAACCGUCAUCGUAACCGGCGCUAACACGGGCAUUGGUAAAGCAACAGCACUUGACCUCGCCAAAAGGGGAGCGAGGGUUAUCCUUGCAUGCAGAGAUCAACAGAGAGCAGAGGCGGCGGCCAAUGACAUCAAACGAGAAAGUGGGAAUGAUGAGGUGGUGUACCUGCAUCUGGACCUGGCUAGUCUGCAGUCCGUUCGCUCAUUUGCUGAGAACUUCCUGAAAACUGAGUCAAGACUUGACAUCCUCAUCAAUAAUGCUGGGCUUAUGAUGGCGGGCAAGACAGAGGAUGGGAUUGGAAUGAUCUUUGGCGUAAAUCACCUGGGCCAUUUCUUGUUGACGCUCUUGUUACUGGACCGUUUGAAAGACUGCGCUCCUAGCAGAGUGGUCAAUGUGGCCUCGUUGGCUCAUCAGUAUGGACACGUUGAUUUUAACUGUCUGAACACUCAUAAAGAAGUUGGCGUUGGUACAUCCAGCUUUGCUCUUUUCUCGGUGUAUUCCAACAGCAAGCUUUGUAACGUGCUCUUCACUCGUGAGCUGGCCAAGAGACUGCAAGGAACCAAUGUGACAUGCUACAGUCUUCACCCAGGAGCUAUCAAGACCGAGAUUGGCAGACACACCAGUCUGUUAUGGAGAAUGUUUUCGGCGCCUAUCAUAAUGCUCUUCUUUACGGACGCAGUGUCAGGAGCCCAGACCACGCUCCACUGCGCCCUCCAGGACGGCAUCGAACAUCUCAGCGGGUCCUACUUCUCCAAAUGCGCUGUGCAAGAGACAAGUGCCAAGGCUAAAGAUGAUGCUGUGGCCAAAAAGUUGUGGGAAGUGAGCGAGAGAAUGUGUGGACUUGCAUAAGACCUCAAGCUCACCUCACAGCACUGGAGUUGCCUUAUGUGAAAAUAACUUCCAAAGUACUUUUUUUCUUGUGAAAAUGUGUGAAAAGAGGUUUGAAGUUUUGUACUGAUUGAUAUUCAUGUCCUGUUUGUGUCUCAUGACGUAAUAAAAAAUGUAGAAUGAAUUAAUUCUUGGAAUUAUAUUAUAUAAUUUUACAUGAUGUCGUAUAAAAUGUACAAACCUGUGUUUGCCUGUUAAAAAAGACGGACUGGUGAACACCAAGUCGAUUAUGGGAACUGUAGUUUUGAGAAACUUUACUUUGUGACGCCGUAAGCAUGAGCUGCAAAACUUCGUGUAACCACCAGAGGACAGUAUAGGUUAAUAAACCACUUGCCAUAAUGCUUAGCCCCAGUUGCACAGAUGCUGUUUGGCUUGAAAAUAUUGUAAUAAACACA